AUGACCAGCAUCAGAAGACCACAAAAGGCGCCGAAGGGUCUAGUUUUCAAUUCAAGUCCACUAAAACGAAAUUUUGACGACAGCUCUACCCUUAAUCAAGGACCUAAAGUGAAACGACACUGCGAAAUCUCACCGCCGCCACAAUUCAGCGUCAAGGCCCGUAUUCUCAUUUUAUCAGACACACACGGCGCGGAAGCUCUCCCGGAAAAAAUAACCGAACCCGUAGAUCUCGUUCUUCACUGUGGCGAUCUAUCACAGGGCGGAGAAUUGGAUUCCUAUCGCAAAACUAUUGCUCUACUGUCAUCCAUCAGAGCCCCUUUGAAACUUGUUAUCCCAGGAAACCAUGACCUCAGCUUAGACGAAAAAUACUGGUUUGCAAACUGCAAGCCAGAAGGCGCUCAUAUUCCUUCCGAAGCGAGGGCGAUAUGGAAUGGGAAGGAGACAGCCGGUAUCAAACUCCUGGAGACGGGAACUCAUGAGCUUGUACUGGAGAACGGGGGAGUGCUGAGAAUAUACGCAAGUUCUGCUACUCCCAUCCCAAUGCGGGGUGCAGAUUGGGCGUUCGGAUAUGAGACUGAUCAGGAUAUAUAUAAUCCCGUUGGAACGGGAAUUUCAUACGGGGUGAAUGCCUCGACAGCAAGGACUGAAAUCCCAGAUGAUACGAAAGUAGACAUUAUGAUGACGCAUGGACCUGCAAAAUACCAGUUGGACAAGACGAGAAAUGGGGACAGCGUUGGAUGUCCACAUCUAUUCCGGGCGCUGAGGAGGAUAAGGCCGAGAGUUCAUGCGUUUGGACACGUGCAUGAUAGCUGUGGUGUAUCCCGCAUCUUGUGGGAAGAAGAAAGGGAGCCUUUGCCUGCAGAUGACGACGGGAUUGAUGAUGGGGUCAAGGGAGAGAAAGGGGUGCAAGUGAGAGAUGCUAAUGGUGUGCAGCUGAUUGAAAUUGUGGAGAGGAAUGAGGGGAUGGAAACACUGCUUGUCAAUACUGCGCUUAUGGGUGACGAUGGAAAGCUGGAAAAGGGUGCCGUGGGUACUUGA